UGGAGACGGAGCUCGCUGUGUAGAUGUGGCAACUGGCCGAGACACAGCCUUUGCUGACUAUCUGCGGCAGGGGCUCACGGGACCGACGCCAAGAUGAUGCUUUCAAGAGCCAAACCCGCUGUGGGCGGGGAAUCACCGCACAGUGACAAAAGAAAGAAGAAAGGCAGGAAGAUUCCAAAACUAGAAGAUCUGCUUUCGCAAAGAGAUUUCACUGGCGCUAUUACUCUUUUGGAGUUCAAACGCCAUGUCGGGGAGCAAGAAGACGACACUAACUUGUGGAUUGGUUACUGUGCUUUUCACCUGGGUGACUACAAGAGAGCUUUGGAGGAAUAUGAAAACGCAACGAAGGAGGAAAACUGCAACCCAGAAGUGUGGGUAAACUUGGCCUGCACCUACUUUUUUCUUGGGAUGUAUAAACAAGCAGAAACUGCUGGGUUUAAAGCUCCAAAAAGCCGGCUCCAAAACCGCCUGUUGUUCCAUCUGGCUCACAAGUUUAAUGAUGAGAAGAAAUUGAUGAACUUUCAUCAGAAUCUUCAGGAUAUUAAAGAAGACCAGCUUAGUUUGGCCUCAAUCCACUAUAUGCGAUCCCAUUACCAAGAAGCUAUUGAUAUAUACAAGCGGAUACUGCUGGAUAACAGGGAGUACCUGGCCCUCAAUGUUUACGUGGCCCUCUGCUACUACAAAUUGGAUUACUAUGAUGUCUCCCAAGAAGUCCUGGCUGUUUACCUUCAGCAAAUUCCUGAUAGUACCAUCGCACUCAACCUUAAGGCUUGCAAUCACUUUCGCCUUUACAAUGGAAAAGCAGCUGAGGCAGAACUCAAAAGCUUGAUGGACAAUGCCUCUUCACCCUUUGAAUUUGCAAAAGAACUCAUCAGGCACAAUCUGGUUGUUUUCCGAGGAGGCGAGGGGGCUUUGCAGGUUUUACCUCCCCUGGUUGACGUCAUUCCUGAAGCUAGGCUAAACCUAGUGAUUUACUACCUUCGCCAAGAUGACGUACAGGAAGCUUAUAGCUUAAUCAAGGAUCUGGAGCCUACGACGCCUCAGGAGUACAUUCUCAAGGGAGUUGUUAAUGCAGCCCUUGGCCAGGAAAUGGGUUCGAGGGAUCAUAUGAAAAUUGCCCAGCAGUUUUUCCAGUUGGUGGGAGGAUCAGCUAGUGAAUGCGAUACAAUACCAGGGAGGCAGUGCAUGGCUUCCUGUUUCUUCCUGCUUAAGCAGUUUGAUGAUGUCUUGAUUUACCUCAACUCCUUUAAGAGUUACUUCUACAAUGAUGACAUCUUUAACUUUAAUUAUGCCCAAGCCAAAGCUGCGACAGGCAACACCAGUGAGGGUGAAGAGGUCUUCCUUUUGAUCCAAAGCGAAAAGUUGAAAAAUGAUUACAUUUACCUCAGUUGGUUAGCUCGCUGCUAUAUCAUGAACAAAAAACCGAGACUAGCUUGGGAACUUUAUCUCAAGAUGGAAACCUCCGGCGAGUCCUUCAGCCUCUUACAGCUCAUUGCCAAUGACUGUUACAAGAUGGGCCAGUUCUACUAUUCAGCCAAAGCUUUUGAUGUCCUAGAGAGGCUGGAUCCCAACCCUGAAUACUGGGAAGGCAAAAGGGGCGCCUGCGUGGGCAUUUUCCAGAUGAUUUUAGCUGGGAGAGAACCCAAAGAGACCCUCCGAGAAGUGCUACACUUACUGAGAAGCACAGGAAACACCCAAGUGGAGUAUAUCAUCAGGAUCAUGAAGAAGUGGGCCAAGGAAAACAGAGUGCCUAUCUGAACAGCUGAGCCCCAGGCCAGGGACCAGUUUCCUCUCACAUCACAUUGGAACUGUUUCCUGCACUUGAAUAUGUGGUCCAGGACCCUGUUUGACUGACAUUUGUUCCUUGCUGUUAGCACAUCAGGAUGAGAGGCGGUACGUGUAGACUCACAUUAGGCGGCACAGAUCUCCCUGCUCUUUACUUGUGUAAUCUAACAUGAAAGGAUUCUGGACUUCCCCGGUGCCUUUCUUCCAAAAUCACUCAGAAUACUCAUAUAAUUCCUGGCUUUGAAGAGUAGAUAAUAGUUUUGUUUUUCUUUUUCUGUUAGCAUUUCAGGAAAUUUUCUCCUAGCUGCAGUGACAAGUACUUUCAUACUAAAGAAUUACUGUCAUUUGAUCCUCUUCCAUCAUCUUGUACAUUAGCUCGUCCACGAAGAAUGCAUCUCUGAGUCCUGGGAGAAGUCUUCCCAGCUGUGUGAUUCUAAGGAUGGCCGUGAGACUCUCUACCACGCUGUGCAGUUGGCAGCAGAGAAUAGGCUUAGAGAUCACUCAGUAAGUGAACUCCGAUUAUAGCUUGUUGAGUGGUGUAGAUUUUUAAAAGGAGAGGGAAAAGAAAAAUGUAGCAAGUCGCUACUGCCUUGUAUUUAGGAAACAAAGCCAGGGCAAACUUCUUUAUAUAUCAGUUGAACGAACAGCAGUUUGAACAUAGGGCUGCAAAGGUUUUUAUAAAAUAUAUGUAUUUUUUUUUUGUUUGUUUGAUUUGGGUCGUUUAAAACAGGGUUUCUCUCUAUAGUCCUGGUUGUCCUGAAACUCACUUUGUAGACCAGGCUGGCCUCGAACUUGGAGAUCUACCUGCCUCUGCCUCCAAAGUGCUGGGACUAAAGGUGUGCACCAUUAUCACCCGGCAAAUUAUAUUGCACACACAUGCACACAUAAUAGAUUAAUACAGUUAUAAACAAGGGUCCCUGGACGAAAACUCCUAAUGGCUAACAUCUCCAUUAUAUCUCAGCCUCUUGUCUCUGAGCUGUCAUUAUGGAACCCUCGUCAUUCUACAACCAAGUAUUCUUGGGUCUACGUCCCACUUUCAGAGAACAGACACAUCUUUUCCUAUAUCAGAUCACCUUGGUUUCUAUGUUCUUCUGUAAGUCUGAGGUGCACUGUCAUGGCUAGAACACGCAGACUCAUCCUUAGGGAGCAGAGAGUGGGUAGGGAGAAUGGAGGAGUUUCUGGAAGCGGCACUGGUUCUUCCCCAUGCCCUGGCCUCCCGCUGCAGGUAGCAUGGUGCUGCACAGCAAGAAGAGGGCCCGUUCAGAGAGACCAGCCAAAGCAACGGGAGCAGCGGCUGGACACAGCCUUCCCCUCUGGCCAGCCCCAAGGUGGUCUGCAGCUCUGCUCAGAAGAGGGCCAGUGUGCCAUCUUUUACAUAGGUCCAGAUCUGAUCAAUGCAGAGCACAAAUCAGUUCUGAUCUAAAAGAACUCCAGGAAACAAAGCCGUUUUGUGACAAGAGUGUCUUGUUUUCUUGUUCUGUUGUUCCUACUUUUUCAAUAACAGCUAAUUUUCACUGUCAAGAAUAUUAGGUGGGUCAGAUACGGCUGAACUUGGUAUAGUUCUGUGAAACAUUCUUGUAAAACUUACAUUACUCAAAAGGAAGCAGAGUAGCUGGAGGGCGGAUGCAACUCCUGGGGGCUAUGGGCAUCUUGCCGUGAACUGUGUUCAGGUCUAGUUCUUCAUUCAUGCUGGUGUACUUCCCAGUGAGGUUUUUCGAGUUUAUUACUCAGUAGUCUGAAAUUUUCCAGUCUUGAGGGAAGGAUGUCUAUUCCCCCAACACCAGAACUUUAGAUUAGUUUUUAAAGUUUUUAAUCUACAGCCUUGAGACAGAAACAUGAAGGCUAGUUAAAACGAAGCACAUGUAAUUCUGUUAGAAGGGAUAAUUGCUUCUGAUUGUUUCGACAGGGAUCCAGGCUUCAUGGCUGUGUUCUCUCACAGAUGACAGCCCAGGACGGGGAAUGUGUAAUGUGCACAGUCUAUAACAUCAAUAUACUAUUUAAAAUCUGUAGUGCAUACUUAGAAAUGGAAAAAAAACCUUUUACAAUUAUUUUUGUAUUGCAAAAGA